AUGGUUGCCGGUGAUCGGACGCAACCAUCGUUGUUGAUGCUGUCGUCGCCCUCGCCACCGCCCCACCACACAGGUAACGGAGGCCUUACGUGUACCAGUCAACCGGGGAGACUCACUACCCUCCUCAAGUUAAUGCCGUUGCUGCUCCUUUGUUGUGGAGUCGGCAGCGUCCGCUGCUCCUCGACAGCGACAGUACAUGACAAUAGCACAGACAUGAUCUCUCUGCUAGAUUUCAAGCGGGCCAUCACCAACGACUCCAGGCACGCCUUGAGAUCUUGGCAUGCCCGCGUCCCCCUUUGCAGAUGGAAGGGUGUCGUCUGCAGCGGCCCGAAGCACCCGGGGCGAGUCAUGGAGCUGAACCUUCACUUCCUAUCGUUGUCGGGCACGAUUUCACCAUCCCUCAGGAAUCUAACGUUCCUUAGGAGACUGGACCUGUCCAUGAAUGGCUUCACCGGCGAGAUACCUCCUUUCAACCGUCUCCAAAGAUUGGAGUACCUUGACUUGUCAGACAACUCACUACGAGGGAUCGUUCCGGAUACUCUUACAAACUGCUCCAAUCUAUGGUACUUAUUCCUGUCUAGAAACUUACUAUUAGGAGAAGUUCCCAGCGGUAUAGGCCGCCUAUCCAAUCUAGCGUGGUUACAUCUUGGAGGAAAUAAUCUCACCGGAGAAAUCCCACCAAGCCUAAAAAACAUCAGUCGGCUUGAAGGGAUCUCGCUUGCUGAUAAUAAGCUCACCGGAACCAUUCCUGAUGAGUUGGCAAAACUCCCAAAUCUUUCUUAUUUACAACUUGCUAAAAAUAGGCUAUCAGGUGGAAUCCCAGAAGCCCUAUACAAAUACAAUCAAUCUUCUCUCCUAUAUUUAUCCUUAGGUUCCAAUAUGCUUGAGAAAACACUUCCAUCGAACUUUGAUGACACCCUUCAGAAUCUUGAAGUUCUCAUUUUGUACGAAAACAAUUUCGAAGGUCAUAUCCCAGCAGCACUAGGCAAUAUUUCUGGGCUAGAUUGGUUAGACUUGUCAUUCAACAAUUUCGUUGGUCAAGUUCCAAGUUCUUUUGGUAAUCUUGGACUGUUACAUCACCUAGACCUUCAGCAAAACAAUUUGUCGGGCUUCAUUCCAGGAGAGCUGGGUGGCUUGCAACACCUCACCAAUUUGUAUCUGUCUGAUAAUAAUCUGGAAGGUGGGGUACCAUGAAACAGAGUCUUUGUUGGAAAUAAGCGGGACAAGAGCCUUUAUCAGUAUUGGAGGCAACUGGUGGGGACUCCUUUGGAGGAACACUAGAUAUGCUCCCAUGUCCUACUAUCUCUCGGACAAAAGAUACACAUUAUGUAGUACCUGAUCAUAUAGAGUAUUCAUUCUAAUAUCUGGUUUC